AUGUGCGUGAUAUUUUACGAGCGCUACGAGCUGUCACAGACUCGCACCUUUUCUCUUCAGUGCUGCUUCGGUUUUGGAGGUGGAACCAUGAGUCACGACGAGGAACCACCUCUCGUGGCUACAUACAAAACUCAAAGGCCACCAUGGAUUGGGUUGUGGAGCAAGCGCGAGUACAAGGGGCGACCAGAUUGGUGGAAAGAAGCCGGUUUUGAGGACGAUGUUGUUCGUAGUGGACGGCUACGUAUGGUACGUCAUAGAUACAAGGAGGAGGAUCCUGUGUGGUUCGACCCUAAGGUCCCCGAUGGAACAUCAAUUACAGGACCCCUCGGUCUUGAUUCAAAGUACCAUCAUGACAUCACCGUGAAAGCUGAUCAACCGGGAAGUAUGGAACAGUUUCAGGAUAAGAUGUGGAAAGGAUCGCAUCAAUACAAAGCCAUUGCCGAGAAAUUUGAUAUAAGCAAAGAGCAUCCGGGGUUUGAUGUGAAUCCGUCACUUAACGACUUGAUGAAUACUCCAAAGUCGCAACUAGGGCGUAUUGCCCUUAUACCGAACUCGUGGUAUCACUAUGGUCCACGAUUUUUCGAAAAGCCGCUGAACGAAGCAACAGUUGAGAAGGGAUUAGCCUGUGCUAAGUACGCUGCUUUCUUGAUGCUGCCGUAUACGAUACUUGAGAUAAGGUCAACGGGAUCUGUACCUGCUGAGAAGUUCUCCCCAAGAGCUUAUGUGCAGCGGUACUUCCAACUCAUGCCGAAACCUGCUAUGGUCGCAUUCACAUGGGGAUUUGCACUUUCGGCAGCAGCUGCAGUGCGCAAGAAGGAUGACGUCAAGAACCAUGUCUUCGCUAGUGCUGCCGUCGGAGCUGUUGUAUCAGCCAUGAGGAACAAUUUUGCUUCCGGGAUAAGCAUUGGACUAGCAACGCUAGUUCUUGGCACGUUCUGGCAGUAUUCACGUGUGUCCGAGAACGGAGCAAUGGGAAUGGUUGUUCAGCCGACUAGCGCCGGUAUAUGGGGAGGUCCGCUCAUAUGGAAAGCGUUCCAAUGGGGCGACAAGAAAGUUCCAGAAGAACGUUACUAA